UAAGCAAGGAGGAGAUGGCUACGGAGAGCAAAACAAAAGCAGGAUUAGGGGUACGGCUAGACGACGAAUACAAGACUUCCAUGGAGGCCGAGAUUAGGCUGAGAAGAAUUUCAUAUCUUCCUGAUGAAGCCAAGGAAGCUGAGAAAGAGACUUGUGUUAUCUGUUUGGACGAGGACAUAGGUUCCGAUGUCAUGUUUGCAGUUGAUAAAUGUGGUCAUCGGUUUUGCAGACACUAUGUCAAACAGCAUAUAGAGGUGAAGCUGCUUGACGGAACGUUCCCCAGUUGUCUUCAGCAUCGAUGCAAGUCUCAGCUAACUAUAGAUAGAUGUGACAAGCUUUUGACUCUAAAACUGAGUUUAAUGUGGAAACAAAGGAUUAGAGAGGACUCAACUCCAUUUACGGAGAGAGUUUACGACGGCCCUGACUGUCGAUACCCAAGAUGCUCAUAUCUAAUGUCCAAAAGCAAGCUUUCUACUACAUGUUUUGAAUCUAGUGGGUUUAGGACAUGCUUCAAAUGCAGUGGCUCCUUCUGUGUCAACUGCAAAGUUCCAUGGCAUUAUAGACUAUCGUGUAGCGAUUACGAGAAGUCGUGUACUGCUCGAUAUGCUGAUGAUGCAAGGCUCAAGUCUCUGGCAAGUGGUUAUCGAUGGCGUCAAUAUGGCAAGGGCUAA